AUGGACCGCGUGCCCACCUUUGCGGAGCGGCCCAACUUCCCGCAGGGCCUGAAGGUGCUACUGAUCGUGUCGGAGGAGCGCGCCAGGGAGGAGGUCGCCGAGCAGCUCAACGACUGCGCGUAUGAAGUCACGGCCUUCGCCUCGAUUGAGCAGGCCUGCGGGUGCCUGGCGAACACCGCGUACGACACCGUCCUCGCGGAGGCGGGGGACCUUCGCAGGCGCAAGGGCGACGCCGAGCAGCUGGUCAGGAGCAAGGGCGGCGUGCCGCUCAUACUCAUGUCGGAGUCCGAGGCGCCUUGCGACGUGCUGCAGGGGAUAAAGCUCGGAGCCGUGGACUUCCUCAAAAGGCCGCUGUCGCCCCUCAAGUUGAGGAACAUUUGGCAGCAUGCCGUCCGACGGAUGAUGGGUGACACCAGCAUGAGUGAGAAUCCAGAUGGAGAGGGUGGCGCAGGCUCCGCUCCUCCAACUCCGUCCACGGUACCCCCUGCAGCAGAUCCCCUUGUCACUAGUGGAAGCGGCAGCUUAGGGAGUGCAACUGCUGGGCCAUCAGGGGCCCCUUGUGAAGGCAACACAGCUGCAGAACGGGAGAUGGCCUCUGACAGGAGGAGGCUGAGGGUCCCCAGGGAAAAUGGAAGUGCGGUGGCUAACCGACCACCUCUUGCGAUGAAACCUCCUGUGUUCAGUGUGCCGCCCUUGAUGGGCAUUCCUCCUGGCUGCGUCCCACCUGCUGGUCCAAGUGGGAUGGCCAUAGGAAUGCCGGUUCUGAAUCAGCCACCCUUUGCCCCUCCGUGCGCAAGCCCACUGGGCCUGAUGCCAUCGCCGCUCGCACCACCUUCGCUGCACUGCAUGCCAGGGGCGUUGCCUGGCGCAAUGCCAGGGGUGCCAGGCAUGAUGCCGGGCGCCAUGCCUUUCCCUGGCUAUCCGAUGGUGCCUCCCCCUAUCGGGGUGUCCACUCAGGCUCCCUUCACCAGUGUGCCUGGCCCCAUGGCUGGAGCCAUGGAAGAUGUUGCAGUUGGAAGCUGCGCACCUGUGGAUGGCUCGGGCAGUGGCCAGGAGGGAGGGGCCAAUGAAGGGGAGAAUUGUGUUGAGGCGCAGGCAGAGCCGGCGGACGGGGACCCCAUGCUGACAGACGAGCCUGAGGUGGCGCCCCUGGGCCUCAGCCUCAAGAAGAGCCCCUCGUUGAUCAACAUGAUAAGCAACAACUUGUGUAGUGCCUGCAGUACGGAUAAUCCAGUCUGA